AAAAAAAGAAGAAAAAAAAGAGGCAGAGAAAGACUCAGGGACUAGAGAGCGAGCCGCAAGGAAGUCGGGGCAGUCGAAACCCCCCUCUCCAUCCCAGCGCAUCGCAUCUCCGCCGAGCUUGAGGGCACGCCGGGGACCCCUCCCCAGAGCCGGCCGGACCCCAGGUGCCGAGGCCUUGGGGAGCGCGGGGCGUCCCGGGUCGCGGUGCCCUCGGGACGAGACAGCCCGUGGCAGUGCCACCACCGCAGCCGCCGGGAGAUCUCCAAGCGGCGAUCUCCAAGCGCUGCUCUGCUCGGCCGCGGGCCAGGAGGGGAGGGUCCGGCCUUGCCCCGCAGGCGUCCAUUGGCGGCUUUCCCCGGCCUCAGCGCCAUGCCGCGGGCCGUGUGAAAGGCAGCAGCACCGAAACCCGCAGGUGUCCGCGGGCGCGCCAAGCCCUUUUGGGUAGGGGGCGCCUUACUCGCUAUGCUGCAAGGGCCCCGGGCCUUGGCUUCGGCCGCUGGGCAGACCCCGAAGGUGGUGCCUGCGAUGAGCCCCACAGAGCUGUGGCCAUCCGGCCUCAGCAGCCCCCAGCUCUGCCCGGCUACUGCUACCUACUACACACCGCUGUACCCGCAGACGGCGCCUCCCGCAGCGGCGCCAGGCACCUGUCUCGACGCCACUCCUCACGGACCCGAGGGCCAAGUUGUGCGAUGCCUGCCGGCAGGCCGGCUGCCGGCCAAAAGGAAGCUGGAUCUGGAGGGGAUUGGGAGGCCCGCCGUCCCUGAGUUCCCAACCCCCAAGGGGAAGUGCAUCAGAGUGGAUGGCCUCCCCAGCCCCAAAACCCCCAAAUCCCCCGGGGAGAAGACUCGGUAUGACACCUCGCUGGGGCUGCUCACCAAGAAGUUCAUUUACCUCCUGAGCGAGUCAGAGGAUGGGGUCCUGGACUUGAACUGGGCCGCUGAGGUGCUGGACGUGCAGAAGCGGCGCAUCUAUGACAUCACCAACGUGCUGGAAGGCAUCCAGCUCAUCCGCAAGAAGGCCAAGAACAACAUCCAGUGGGUAGGCAGGGGAAUGUUUGAAGACCCCACCAGACCUGGGAAGCAGCAACAGCUGGGGCAGGAGCUGAAGGAGCUGAUGAACACGGAGCAGGCCUUGGACCAGCUCAUCCAGAGCUGUUCUCUGAGCUUCAAGCACCUGACUGAGGACAAGGCCAACAAGAGGCUGGCCUAUGUGACUUACCAGGAUAUCCGUGCUGUCGGCAACUUUAAGGAGCAGACAGUGAUUGCCGUCAAGGCCCCUCCGCAGACGAGACUGGAAGUGCCUGACAGGACUGAGGACAACCUGCAGAUAUAUCUCAAGAGCACCCAAGGGCCCAUCGAAGUCUACCUGUGCCCAGAGGAGGUACAGGAGCUGGACAGUCCUUCCGAGGAGCCUCUCCCCUCUACCUCCACCCUCUGCCCCAGCCCUGACUCUGCCCAGCCCAGCAGCAGCACCGACCCUAGCAUCAUGGAGCCCACAGCAUCCUCAGUGCCAGCACCAGCGCCAACCCCCCAGCAGGCCCCACCGCCUCCAUCCCUGGUCCCCUUGGAGGCUACUGACAGCAUGCUGGAGCUGCCGCACCCACUCCUGCAGCAGACUGAGGACCAGUUCCUGUCCCCAACCCUGGCGUGCAGCUCCCCUCUGAUCGGCUUCUCCCCAUCCUUGGACCAGGACGACUACCUGUGGGGCUUGGAGGCGGGUGAGGGCAUCAGCGACCUCUUCGACUCCUACGACCUUGGGGACCUGUUGAUUAAUUGAGUGGCCCUGCCUUCCCCCAGCAGCCUGCCCCUGACUCUACCUCCUCACAGACAGGCUGACAGCCCCUCUGCCUGCACAGGGACAUUGGACACUAGGUGCUGCCCUCAGUGCAUGGGGUCUCCUCGCCUUUCCCGCCCCAGCUGGCAGAAGCUGUGUGGGGAGAUGUGAAUGGUACGGGUGAGGAGUGGAUAAGGGGUGGGUCCUCACCUUCCUAAUGGAAGCUGGGCCUGGGGAGGCCCAUCCAGUCUUCUGACUUCUGACCUCUCACGAGAAGACUGCAGGUGAGGUGGCCAAGUCCAGGGAAAGGCCCUGCUACCUCCUUUUGAGGGGUAAUUAGGACCCUCGACGUACCAAGAAGCACGUAAUGCCUUUGUAUUUA